AUGAGCCCUUCCCCGAGCUCUGCAGCGCUGCCAACAUCGUUCAAGCGCAAACGCGUUCUACAGGCAUGCUUGCCAUGCAAGCAACGCAAGAGGAAAUGCGAUGGCAAGCUUCCAUGCUCGAGCUGCGAUGGCAUGGGCUAUCUCUGCGAGUUUGAAGAGGAUAGUCGCAAGGUGAUGGGCUCGGGUACCGCAUCAAAAACGGAAGUCGCUCACGCCUCGCCCGUCCCGCUCGCCAAGUCCUCCUCGACGCUGGCGGAUGCAAUGCAGAUCGGUCGUCAGCGAGUAGUCUCAAAUGCGACAACAACAUCGACCGUACGAAAUGCGAGCGUCGAUAGCUCUCCUGCCAGUGAUGACCCUGCUGACAAUGCCGAGGGGCGAUCAGCCAAGUGGAGCCGCGCGGUCGCGGCGCGAGCAGCACGAGAUGCCACGGCAGCAGCAGCAGCAACCGCCGCCGCUUCGCUCAAGGGCGAGGGGGCCACUAAUCUGGACUCGAGCCCGUCUAUGAUAGUGACGACGGAUGAGAUCGAGCCAAAAUCAGAGACGGAUGAUGAGGACGAGGCCCAUCACAAGGUCAUCAGCUACUCUGGCGAAGAUUCUUCCGUGGGCUUCCCGGCUCGGCUUGGCGCCGAGCUCCGCUCCAGCGAUCGCGGUGAGGAGGGACGCAGCUCGUCGAGACAUCUUGCUGGACCAAUUUCCAAAUCCUCAAACGCCAGCAGCUCAAUAUCACCGCGGGACGACUUGUCCGGUGCGCCGUCCGACUCUUUCCUCGGAUUGAAGAGCCAAUCGCGUCCUGCAACCUCGCACUUGACGCCUUCCAGAGCUGCCGUCGCCUCUUUUGGCUGGAAUUUGGGUUUGCGACCGCAACUUUCUCGCAGCUCUAGCAGUCAAGAGCCGACACUCAGGGAUAUUGUGCCGACGCUGGAAGGCUACUUUGCCCUCGCCCGCGUCUACUUUGCUGCUGUCUGGCCCGACUAUGCCAUCUUGGACUUUGAGCCGUUUGUCAAGGACGUGCUCGCACUCUACGCAAGCAGGACAAGUCACACGGCCAGCGAUGGGCACCAAGUGAAACGGCGAAGACUGCAAGGCAGUCAGCUAGGGCAAAGCAUCAGUGGAGACUCUUCAGCACCGCAAUCAGCCGGUAACGCUCAAAGCGGCUCGCCACCAUCUCCUUUGAUAGAGCCUCGUGAAUACAGUGAGGGAUUUGAAGCCGCAGCUGCGUCCGUCGCCGCGCUCGGGAGCAUCUUUUCGGGCGAGCAAUCGGAAGCGGCAGCUCGUCUCGAAGCACGCCUCGUCAAGCGCGCACAAAGCCUGCUUGAUGAGAAUUCGGCAUGGAGGUCGCCUCAAGUGGAGCACGUGGCUGCCUGGCUCAACCUCGGCUUCUAUGCCAGAGCAAGUGACCACCCGCAAGUCGCAUGGCGUCGAAGUUCUCAAGCUGUGCACGUAGCCGAGGCCUUGGGGUUGCAUCUGCAGCCUUUGGAAGGCGAAGAGGCGGACGUUGAAGCGGAGCAUAGCGUGCAGGAUCAGGCAGGGAGGCAGGAACCUGAUGAGCUGUGUGCAGCCAUAGGCAUUUCUGUCACCCCGAAGCGGCCCCCUUCUACUCGACUGCAGAGACUGUUUUGGACAGCAAAGAGCUUCAAUAGCAUCGUCAGCUGGGAAGUUGGUCUGACACCGGUAGCACUUCGACAAAUUACCAGAUUACCCCUGGAGCCUAGCGCGCACGACGCAACGCACGCAUUCUGUACUCUGGUCGCCAUUUUGGACGAGGAUGUGAGGGGUGAUGGGACGGGCACUGGGCUUGGUGGGGGCAAGGGCGUUCCUGGCCCGACGCGUGUCUCGGAUGACUCGAGCGCUGCCAGCAUCAUCAAUGGCGAAGGGGUUCUUCUGCGUGCCAUUGCACGUAUAGAAGCCGUUCCGGAGCCUUCGGCGGUGCUAGCGCUGGUCAAAGCGGACAUCGUGUGCUCCCUGUUUCGACGAUAUCGCGCUACUGGACGCGCUCUUUCCAAGACUCACGAAGCGACGAUAUUGGACUUGGGUCUAGGCGCCGUUAUUGCAGCGGAAGGUAUUGCUGAUGCCAAAGCGCCAUGGUGGCAGCUCACCAACACGCUCGUUCAGCUCAGCUGCAUGCUCAUUGCCAUCGACAGUCCCACGAGCCUGGCACAUCUAGGCAGAACUCUAAAAGCGCUACACAAGGUGCAGAGCGUCUUUGACACUCAGACGACUCGAGAAGCAAGCCACAUUACUCAUCGCAUAGCCAGGCUUUUGGUUGACAAGAAGCAGCGAGAUUUGGACCUCCUGACCAGGGCUGUUGAAGCACAAUCGACGAUUCUCAGCGAGUCGGGCGAUACUGCGCUUUUCGAGUCGCGACCCGCGCUACGAACUACAGCGGCCAUCGCGAGCCGUUCUCGCGCUUCGGCAGCUGCUGCUCGGGACGCAGAGAGUAAUGGUGCAGGCUUGAGCUUAGUGCCCCUAGAGGCUGCAGCGGGUCUUCGCAAUCCUGCAAAAAGCAUCGAUGCGACGGCGAUCGGCACGAGCGAUAGAUUUGCGGCCUCGCACGACGAUUUGUUGCAUGCUCGUAGUGCCACGCAUCCCAUUGCGGGCAUCACGUCGUCCAACGGAGCACAGAGCUCGUCGGCUCAUGCUUCCUCGAAUCUUCAUCAUCACCAACAACAUCAACGCGCAUCAUCGAAUCAUAUUCAAAUACCUCACCAUAUGCAACACCUUCGAGCAGUCGAUCAUCAUCACCACCUGAUCCAUCACGACGCCAUGACCUACCGAGGAUCAGCGCAGGGGCAAUAUCACCUCGUUUCGCCAAUCUCACCUCACCAUCCUCAAGCUCACUUGCAGGUCCCGCUUCCUCACAGUCCGAUAGCCCCCUUUUCAAGCCAUCCGCAGCAACACCCUUUGAUGCAUCAUCAACACCAAUACAACGGCGCGUGGCAGAACGAAUCGAUGGGCAUCGACUCGAUUGAUAGGUGGCUCGAGAUGAUGGGUGGCGCGGGUGCAGACUUGGCUUCCUUUAUGAGUCAGCCUCAGUGA